AUGCCGCCGUCGCCCCUGUCCUCUGCAUGGCAGUCCUUCAUGGACGCUUCAGAGAUCGAGGCCACCGUUGCCGCCUUCGACUCGCUCCGCGAGGCGUGCGGCGUGCCGUCGGGAUCACACGGCCAAGCGGUGCUGGACGCAAUCCUUGACGCGACGUCGAGCGGCACCGGUGUGCCUCAGAGGCUCAAGUCGCUCAUGGCGGCGCUCUCCAAGAGCUUUGGUGCGCGUCCAUCGCUCGGUGGGGCCGCGGCUCCCCGCGUUUUGAUCUCCGGGGCAGGGCCGGUCGGGCUGAGGGCUGCUGUCGAGGCGGCACUGAUGGGGCAGUGCGUGACAUUGGUCGAGGCGCGGGCAGUGUUUAGUCGCGUCAACAUCUUGAUGCUGUGGCAGUGCACCGCCGACGACCUCUUCGCCUACGGCGCAAAGGCCUUCUACCCUCGUUUCACCAACCGGCACAUCGGCGACUCGCCUCUCCACCUGGGCACGAGAGAGAUCCAGCUGGUGCUGCUCAAGAACGCGCUGCUGCUGGGCGUGGCCUUCGCAUACGGGACGGAGCUCGUCGCGCUUCAGCCUCCCGCCGCCGCAGACGGCGCCUGCUGGCGCUGCUGGGCGUUGCGAGCCUCCUCGACCGAGACGCACCAGACGAGCGGCGGCGCGGGCGACUACGAGAGGGGCGCCGGCCAGGGCCUCUGCAACCUGCAGCAGACGUCGCAGCUCGACCCGGCCUUCCUGCGCGAGCCGGAGGCUGCGCCGCCCGAGGGAGGCUUCUGCGUCGAGGUGGACGCUUUGCUGCUCGCCGAGGGUGAGCGCUCCUCGAGCUGCGUCAAGCUGGGCUUCACCAAGAACGUCGACCGCUUCUCGACGGCGAUCGGACUCGUGCUCAACCUCGAGCGCGAGGCGGAGCCGCACAAGGAGCUGCGCUCCUUCACCGUGCGGCCCAUCGACCCGACCGGCAAGCAGCUCGCCGCCGCGGGAGUCGGCUUCGAGUUUGCAGAGUACCUGCAGGGCGAGACGCACUACAUCGUCAUCACGAUCAAGAAGGCCGCCCUCAUCGACAAGGGCGUCCUCCGCGCCGACCUCCCCUCCGCCGAGCUGCUCACGGCCGCAAACCUGGACGAGGACGCCCUCAUGCGCCUCGCCAGGCAGGUUGCCACCAUCGUCGGCCUCCCCGAGAGCACGCCCUUCUGCGACGUCCACCCGGCAAAGCUCUUCGACUUCUCGUCGCGCGCGCGGUGCGCCGCCCCCUUCCGCGUGCUCGGAGUAAAGGGCGCAGGGCCGGGCCGCGGCUCGGCGCUCGCCGUCGACGCGCUCGCCGUCGACCUCGAGGCGCAGCCGUACCUCCGGCGCGAGGAGACGGCCUUCUUCGAGCGGGCUCGCGCCGAGGCGGAGGCGGCGGUGGCGAGGUGCGACGCCGAGAUCGCCGAGCUAACCGAGGCGAUCGAGAGGUCCGCCGCGACGCUCACUUCGCUCACCGAGUCGCUGGGCGGCGCGGUGGACGCGAUGGCGGGCCGGGUCGCCACGCUCGGCGCGCAAAAGGCAAAGGCGCAGGAGCUGAUGCACCGCGAGAGCUCGGGCGUGCAGGACGACGAGUGGGGCGACGACGACGCGCUCGUGGGGGGAGAGGCGCUCCCGUCGCUCGAGGAGCAGGCGGCGCAGCGCCGGCGCGAGUACGGCGUCGCGGCGGCGGGCGCGGCGGCGGGCGAGGCGGCGGGCGCGGCGGCGGGCGCGGCGGCGGAGGCGGCGCGCGAGCGUGAGGUUGUCGAGGCGCGGCUGGAGGCGUGCCGCCGCUCCAUCACCGAGCUCGAGGUGAAGCGCAAGGUGCAGGCGGGCUUCGUCGAGGCGACCGAGGCGCGCCAGCGCGAGUGGCGCGAGCGCGUGGAGGCGGCCGCCGGCGCGGAGCUCGCGCACCGGCUGCCCGUCUUCCCGGUCGGCGACGCAAUUCUCGAGCCCUUCUGGCCGCAAGGGCUGGGCUCGAACCGCGGGUUCCACUCUGCGCUCGACGCAGUGUGGGCGGCACACGUUGCAGCGGAGGCGGGGCUCGACGAGGCGCUGCUCGAGAGGCACUUUUGGUACGACCUCAUGCUGCAGGGCCCGUGGAACCCGGGCGCCGGCUUGCUCAAGCCGGCCGAGGGCUGGUGCGCCGACCCCGUCUCGCGGUACGCGGACGGCGCCAUCGUCCGCACAAAGCACAACUACUGCAACCCGCAGUCGAAGCGGCUCUUCCGAGGGGAGGGGGCGACGCCGGCGCGCAUCCGGGCGCUUGACCUGAAGGGGGCGGGGUUCCUGUGA